AUGAGCGAAUAUAGGGGGAAGGAAAGUUCCCGAGCCUACCCCAUCGACAACUCUGGCCAGCAUGAACCUCACUCGGAAAGUCGCAUAGCAGACCCUGUCAUCCUAUGGAGUGAUGUUAUGGAAGAAUUAAAAGGACUCCGGAGAGACCUUUCUGAGCCCCACUCAGAAAGUCGUAUGGCAGACUCUGUAAUCCUAUGGAGUGACGUUAUGGAGGAAUUAAAAGGACUCCGGAGAGACCUUGUGAGGAAAGAAAGCCAUAAGGACUCUGCUUCAGAAUCUUCGAGUGAUGACGAUGACAAUAAAAACCGGAAAUCAAGGCGACAAAAAUACAUUACAUCAGAAUCCACAAGUGAUGAGGACAGCUGCUCAGACACUGAAUCAGAAUCAUCGAGCAUCGACGAAAAACGGUGGAGAUCUAAACGACUUCGAAAACACAGCACUACUGAAACUUCAAGUGAUGAUGAUGCCAUAUCAAAACCGGCCAAAACGAAAAACUCGCAAAUCCCAGAAGAACCGCUCCCGCUCAAAACCAUCCGAUCAAGGUGCUGA